AUGAAUCAAGUGUGGUUAAAGUGGAGAUCUUUAUCUGGAGUGCUCUUUGACAAAAGAAUCCCACACAAAUUGAAGGGAAAAAUUUACAGUUCCAUAGUACAACCAACUAUUCUAUAUGGUUCGGAAACAUGGCCAACCAAAGAAUCAGAUGAGAGAAGUCAAACUAUGGAGAUGAGAAUGCUGAGGAUGAUUACUGGGGUAACAAAAAAGGAUAAGGUGCAAAGUACAAGAAUACUAGGAAGUUUAAAGGUAGUGCCCAUUAAGACUAAGAUAAUUGUAAACAGACUUAGGUGGUAUAGACAUACAAAGAGAAGGCCUAUGAACUACAUAGGAAAUAAGGUAGAGAGUUUGGAAGUGAUGGGUAAAGGUAAAAGAGGAAGGCCAAAACUUCAAUGGGACGAUAAAGUUAGAGCCAAUAUGAAGAAUUAUAAAUUAGAUAAACAAGAUAGAAUGAAUAACAUAAAGUGGAGAGAGAUAUUGAAGGAGCUUACCACCAGAAAAGGUGAAAGCUAA